AUGGCGGGGCUCUUGGUGGUUCUUGACGAGGGGAUCAUAGCGAUCUUCAGCAACGCCCCAGAAAGAGUCAUGAUGGGAAUGUGUGUAUGCAGGAGGUUUCACCGAGUGUUGCAGCACGUGAAAGAGAUUCGGAUCGACAUCCCCAAGUUUGUGUGGGUGCUGGACAGCAAGUUCGGGUCCCAGCCAACAAGCAACAGCAGACUCCUCGCCAAACUUUUCGAUCAGGAUGGGAGGACGUUGAACGUUGGAGUCAAAGAACCUUGCAGCAUUGCGCUCCUGCUCGUGCAACUUGCUGGACACCUGGACAAGAUCAGGGUAGCAAGACUGAACGGUAUGAGCACCUAUCGCAAGAACGAGCUCCCUAGAGGGUACCCCAGCGAGAUGGGAUUGUCGAGGCGUAGAGGGAACAAAGGAGCAGAGGAGUCGCGAUACGUCGACAUGCUUGAGAGAAAGGGUGUGGAGUACAGGGAAGGAACCUCGUGGGAUACCAGCCUCCUCCUCACUUUUUUGGACCACAGCCAUGAGCUGAGAGAGAUUUACCUCUCCAGGAAUGCUGCAAUCAUGAGCCGUCAGGAUUUUGAGAAUUUCUGCCUCCUCCUCCGACGCUGGCUCGUGCGAAAAAGCUGCGCUGAGCCUGGCCCGCUUCCUCAUGCCCUGCAUCGCCAAAGAAGUGUGUCUAACUUGCAAGUCCUCGACCUGUCCGACAACAGACUGGGAAGUGCCAGCAUGUCCGACUUUGCACAGGCGAUCAUGGAUGCAUCCAAAGUGCAACCUUUGGCUCUGACCCAGCUGAUGUUGAGAGGUGAGUAG